AGCAGGGCCAUGUAGUGAAGAACAAGAAGUUCAUGGACCGGAUACAGGAUAUGAAAUUGGCCUUUUCGGAGGAUUUAAUAACUGGUUCCAGCUUAUGUUCUUCACUUCAGGCCUUGCUAGGUGUGCCUAUUGUGAGUGUAGGGUUUAUACAAUCUGCUGAUGAACCUGCAGUCCCGUGUUCAUCUCGUUCAUCAAAGAGGAUCCAACAUGGCGGUGAUCCAACGACUGAGCUGGCUCCCUCGCUUGGACCGGGGCUGCUGGUGCUGCCCUCUGGAGACGUUCUGUUUGGUCUUUGGGUACUUUUCUGUGGUGACGAGCCUGGUCGUUAUGGUGGCGAUGUUAGUGGCCAUCUCAGUCGGUACUCCUUACGAUUGGGGCUUCCUGAUCGUCGCUAGAGUGAUUUUGGCCAUGACUUUCGAGGGCUUCAUCUGCUUCGUGCUCUCUGUCAUCUGUAUCAUGGGAGUG